AUGUCCCAGGGAGACAGCCCAGCGCUGCCCUGGGGAGCUGUUGUGGCCCGGGGGGCACACGUGCGGGCUCAGGGCCCCCAAGGGGGACGGGCAGAGCGGCAGGGCAGCCCCGGGGCCGCGGUGCCCGGCGCUCCCGGCCCCGAGCCCCGAGCCCCGGUCCCCGAGCCGUCAUCACCGAGCCCCAUCCCCGGUCCCCGAGCCCCGAAAGGGGGCGCGCCGGGCCCGCGCAGCGCUGCGCGGUCGCGCGUGUGCCGCUCCCGGGGCUUGCGGCGGCGACUUCCCCCUGCGAGGCAGCUCGGGGUGGCCGCAGGCCAGAUCGGGGCUGUUUUCCCAAGGGGAAUGGAAAUCUGGGGCGUCCUAGAAGUAGUGCCGGCCGAGGCUCGCCGGAGGUCGCGGCGCUGCGGCGGCAGAUGGGUUUUGGGGAGGGGGCGCAGAGGCGUGCGGCGCAGAGCCGGGGGCGGCCGGCGUUCCGCCCCGGCCGAGGGAGCGUCUGCCGCUGGCCCCGCCGCGAAACUGCUGCCGCUCGCCCUCCGGCUUCGGCAGAGGGCUCUGAUUCCGCCUGCGUGCGAGAAUAAAUGCGGGAAAGCCUCGAGAUGCUCCGUGGAUGAAAAGGAUAAAAGGAAACGCUGA